CCAUUCUCCACUGUCCAAGGAGAUCACGCACGAAAGCUAAGACCCCUCUCUCUCUCUCUCUCUCUCUUCUUUUCUCUGUGAGUGUUGUGUUUGCUUCUAAGGUGCUUAAGGAGCACUCUAUUGUUCCUGCGAGGUUUCAGUUUUUUUGGUGAAUGGUGGUGUUGAGCUGAUUUCUUGCUGGUUUGGAUUCGGGUGACCCGAUUGGUUUUGAAAUGGAUCCGGGUGCGAUGAUGAACGAGGGCUCGUUUGGGAAUGGGGGAGGCAAUACGGUGCCGUUUAGCUUGGCGGAGAUCUGGCCGUUUCCGCAGGCCGUCAACGCUGCUGGAGGCGGCGCCUUGGGGCUCAGGAGGCCGCAGUUUGGCUUGGGACAGUUUGGGGAUUUCAUUGCCGGUCCCAACCGGGAACCUGGACCGGUUGCUUCAGAACAGAAGGCGGCCAGCGGUGGCGGUGGCGGUGGCGGUGGUAGUAGGAAGAGGCGUGAAUCAGAGGAGGAAUCCCCUAAGGGUGUUUCCACCAGCAAUGUUGCACCUAAUGCCGUGAAUGAUGGGGAUGGAAAACGGCUUAAAGGAGGAGGAGGAGCGUCUGGGAGCAGGAAUGAAAGCCGUGACGCGAAGGUUGAAGGAGCAGAAGCCAGUUCAGGAAAGCCUGCGGACCAAAAUAAUCAGACACCACCACCUGACCCUCCUAGGCAAGAUUACAUCCACGUCCGAGCCAGAAGGGGUCAAGCUACUGAUAGCCACAGUCUUGCUGAAAGAGCUAGAAGGGAAAAGAUUAGUGAAAGGAUGAAAAUUCUUCAGGAUUUGGUCCCUGGUUGUAAUAAGGUUAUUGGAAAAGCAUUGGUCCUUGAUGAGAUAAUUAAUUAUAUCCAAUCCCUUCAGCGUCAAGUUGAGUUUUUGUCAAUGAAGCUUGAAGCAGUGAAUUCAAGACUGAACACUGGCAUUGAAGCUUUUCCUCCUAAAGAUUUUGGUCAGCAAACAUUUGAUCCGGCGAGCUUGCCAUUUGGUUCUCAGGCUACUAGAGACUAUAGCAGAGGUUCUUCCCCAGAGUGGUUACAUAUGCAGGUAGGAGGUGCUUUUGAAAGAACAACGUAGCCUGUGAAAUCUCUUUACAUUGUAAUAAAAAUGCAUAAACAAGCAGUAUUAUUCCGCCCUCCAGUGGCUCCCAGAAAAGAAAAAAGAAAAGAAAAAAGAAAAAAGAAAGCAAAUGGUAUACUGAAGGUGUUAAGUCUAAUGAGCACCUCCUCCCCAUUUUCUACACAUGGAGCUAUUAUCGUUUUCACGACUGCUUUAGUUAGUAUUUUAAGGAUCCCCCAUUAUGUUCUGUGUUGGAAAAUGAAUUGAUUUACUCAAGAGUAUGUAGUAUAGUGGACUCUUCUUCAGGCUUUUCCGUGGUGAUACCCAACAUAACCACUUAAAAAUGAUUAUUCUUGUUGUAAAAGAAUGUUAUUGCUUGUCCUGAAUACAUAAUGCUUACAUAUUGUGUAAUAGUCUCUCAACAUUGGUGUUUGUUUGUGAAAGAAAUGUUGAAUAAAUGAAGCAAAUAGAACUUUGUUAAAUUCAUUUUUU